CGUCGUGUUGUAUUUACCACUGUAGCUAUAAGGAAGGGUGUAUGCCCUCGAGUUUUCUUUCCAAGCUUCUGCCGCAAAGUAAACAAACAUUCACUAAGUAUUGACCGCGGAGAUACUCCAUCCUCCAUAGCCCCUCAAUUACCUAAGUACUGUUUCACAACCUCACUCCUGCUACUUCGAUCUUCUUCAAUCAUUCGGACAAUUGUCAAUCACGUUUUAUCAUCUUCCCCCAGGUAUUGCUGUCUGAACCUUCAAUGAACAUCAACGUCUUUCCUCACGAAAUCCUGUCCUCUAUCCUAGUCCAAGCCGCCGAAGCAAAUGCUCGGGAAGGCGUCAACUUCAGCUUUGGCCUCAGCCAAGCUCCGCUCCCGGGCCAGAAGGCUAAACUUCAACGAUACGUGAAAGCUCCGCUGCGCCCAGACGUCAUAAGAUGGAAUGCGACAGAUUCUCUCCGACAUGUGUGUCGUCUUUGGCACAGCUGGUCUCUCAAAUAUGCUCUGGACACGCUGUGGAUCAAGAAGUGGAGGGGCGGCGAGCGGUGGGCUGAUUUGCCCCUACGACACACUCAGUAUCGUCUUUAUGAGAUGAUUGACACACAUCAUCCCAACGCUUACGUAGCGAAGCAACCUUACGAUCACCUUACCAAGGUUGGUGAGCUUCUUGCACGGUAUCCUGCUAUUGCCUCGAAUAUCCGACGCAUGUGGUUCCAUGGCUUCUUCGGUGCUGGUACAGACCAGUCCAUCUUCCAUGUACUUCGUUGCUGCCCGAAUGUCACUACAGUCACAUUGCCUUGGACCGCUCUUCGUCACCUCGGCUGGCAGGAGUGGUCUUGGCUACUUGGAGACCGAGAAGGCAAUCCCAUUCGGUCUCUAGAGCUCCUUUCAGAGGAUCUUACUCGAGUACAGAUGACAGAUCCUCAAAACACCAUCGAUUUGAAACCUCUUGAUUCUACCGCAGUCAACCUAGGCCGACUCCGAAAGCUGAAGAUCACUGGUGAAACUAGUUUUAUGCCAGUCAAGGACAACGAUCUCUUUGCUAUUGCUCGCUCUGCUACGAAGCUGGAGGAAUUCUAUCUAUCAAACAUGUCAAGUGUUACGAUUGAUGGUGUCAUGGCUAUAGUAAAGGCGUCCCAAUCCACUCUACGGGUGCUGGAGCAUGCGCCUCGCUCCAACGAUGGUUUCUGGCAUCCCCAUCCAGGCUCAUGGUCCGAAAACGAACACAUCUGCGAGCUUCUUACCAGCUGUCCGAAAUUGCAAACAGUAUCGCUCUCUGUGCCAACCAUAUGUGCAAAGCUCUUUGCCAACGAGAACGUCAAGUGGGAAGGAGAUUUCCAGGUUCGAUCGCUGCACAUAUGCGGACACACAGACAGUCAUACUCAUGCCGCAAAGGCGGACUUUCGUAAUCUUCUUGUCGAGGCUCGCGCACUCGCAAAGUCUAAGGCUAGAUCGACGAUUCCAAAGGAGCUCUUCAUUGAGAUUUUCUUCGCCGAUUUCAUCUUCGAGCCCCAUCUCAGUAUCGUACAUGGCGACUUCCAGCUUGCGGAGCUGUCCUCUGGCAGCACAUGGCCUGCGGACUAUGCACGCGCUCCUUCUCGUAAAGGGCCAUAUGGAUCGUCUGGACUAUGGGAGAAAAAAGAAGAGGAAGGCAUAUUUGAACAGCUCGAUGAAGCAGAGUUCGUCGUCGGCCUUCAACAUCGCUACCUCACACUUGAUCACCACAACCUCAACUGAUCAAUGAUCUCAGCAAAUGCCAGGGUCCAAUCUUACAAGCCCUCGAACCACACACGAUUUCCUUUGUCGCCAUGUCUCGCCAUAGCACUUCCAGGCGCAUUAUUACCAUGAUUCACGAAGAACCAUAUACCCAUUUGAUGCACCUUUGAUACGACUAAAUGGGCGACCCGUCUUGAUUCUGUUGCAUGGCGCCGGGGAUUAUGCUUUUGUUACGCAUGGGUAAAGGAUCAAUCUCAACUCACUCACGGCCGAAGUCUUAGGUCUUCCCCUUUCAUGCAUAGAUAUCCGUAUGUGCUGUGACUCGUAGGUCAGGUAGUAUCGCCCAACCGAGCAAUCCACGGAUGUCCGUACAAAAUUUAGGAAGACGACUUAAAUACUGUUCGUUUUGUAAUAAUCAUAUCGUGAUUGUAUAAUUGAACCGUCUUCUU